AUGGCAAAAAGAAGGUUUGAAGAGGACGAGAGCAUGUCUGAGGAGGAGAGGAUACUGGAUGCGGGUGGCGUCCAGGAGCUUGAAAGUGAGGACAUGGACGAGAUCAGGGACGACCUGUAUGAAUCCGAGGGGAUGUAUGAGGAGAGCGAGGCUACGGAGCACUCUGACAUUGAGGAUCUUAUAAGCCAGGAGGUGAAGAAUGUGAGGCCUGAUGAAAGGAAGGGAGGAAACGGAGAUGCAGAGUAUGAUGCGGAAGACAUUCUGAAGGCCUCCGAAGUGACAAAGGACUUUUUUGAGCAGGACUUUUUCAGGGCUAAGGUGGUUAGGAAGUUUAUUCGCUUCUUUAACGAGUUCGGGAACAAGAAGUAUGCAAAGAGGAUCAGGCAGAUGUGCACUGAGAACCUUGAGAGCAUAGAGGUGAGCUAUCUGGACAUUGAAGAGGAGUCGAUAGACCUGCUGAGACUUCUGAACCAGCAUGCAGAAAUGACUAUCGAGGUGAUGGACAGAGCCUUGUCUGAUGUGGUGAGAAUGCACUUUCCAAAUUACCACAUGAUAAAGCCGAAGGUCCACUCGAGAGUUGUUGACCUCCCUGUGUGCGACAGCGUCCGAUCGCUGAGGAACAGGCAUCUUGGCAAGCUAGUCAGGGUGAGUGGAGUUGUCACCCGAAGAAGUGGGGUCUUCCCGCUCUACUCUAUUGUGAAGUUCAGCUGUCUCAAGUGCAGGUCUGUCUUCGGGCCUUUUGUGGCAUCCUCGUUCAAGCCUACACACUGCUUUGAGUGCCAGUCGAAGGGGCCCUUUACGGUCAACACGUCUGAGACUGUCUACAAGGAUUUCCAGAAGCUAACGAUUCAGGAAAUUCCUGGGAGUGUUCCGCCCGGGUCUCUUCCAAGGUCCAAAGAGGUGUUGCUAUUCUACGACCUGAUUGACUGUGCAAAGCCUGGAGAAGAGGUUGAGGUUACCGGGGUAUACAAGAACAACUUCAAUGUGUCUCUGAACAUCAGGAAUGGAUUUCCUGUGUUUUUCACGGUGAUUGAGGCUAGCUCUGUUGUCAAGAGGGCGGGGAAGAUUGAGAUGACGGACGAUGAUGUUAGAGAGAUCAAGAAGAUGGGAAGGCACCCGGAAAUCAAGAGAAUAGUGAUCAACUCCAUAGCGCCCUCUGUAUAUGGACAUGCAGAAGUGAAGAGGGCUAUAGCACUGGCAAUGCUUGGAGGGGUUGCAAGGGAAAGCACAAGCCAUAGAAUCAGAGGAGACAUAAAUGUCCUUCUGUUGGGAGAUCCCGGAAUGGCCAAGUCACAGUUUCUUAGGUAUGUGGAGAGCACGUCCCAUCGGGCUGUUCUGGCAACGGGGCAGGGGGCCUCGAGUGUUGGGCUGACAGCGUCUGUUCGAAAGGAUCCUGUUGUGAAGGAAUGGACCCUGGAGGGGGGAGCACUGGUGCUGGCAGACAAGGGGAUAUGUCUUAUCGACGAGUUUGACAAGAUGAACGAGCACGACAGGACAAGCAUACACGAGGCGAUGGAGCAGCAGUCGAUUUCGAUAUCGAAGGCGGGGAUUGUUGCAACGCUUCAUGCAAGAUGCAGUGUGAUAGCAGCGGCAAAUCCAAUGAGAGGAAGAUACAACGGGUCUCUGACAUUUGCACAGAAUGUGAACCUCAGCGACCCGAUAAUAUCGAGGUUCGACAUCCUCUGUGUGGUCAAGGAUGCCAUUGAUGCAGGGGAAGAUGAAAAGACAGCAAAGUUCGUUAUAGAGUCGCACGAGGGAGGAGAGGAGAAGCCCGAUGGGUUUGACCCGAAGAGAAUGAUGAUGGGCCAUGAGCUUCUAAGGAAGUACAUACUGUAUGCAAGAACCAAUGUCGUGCCUGCCUUCAACGACGUCGACAUGGAGAAGAUUUCGAGCCUGUACCUGGAGCUUAGGAAGGAAAGCCUGCCCUCCGGCCUUCCGGUGACUGUUAGACAUGUGGAGAGCAUUGUUCGGAUCAGCGAGGCAUUUGCAAAAAUGAGGCUCAGCAGGGUUGUUUCUGUCGAGGACAUUGACGAGGCGAUUUCUGUUGUUCUUGACUCGUUCAUGGGGGCUCAGAAGUACUCGAUGUCCAAGAGCCUGAGGAAGAAGUUUGUAAAGUACUUCAACAAGAACAACAUCGAUGUUCUGGUCUUUCUUCUGAAGGAGAUGUUCAACGAGAAGAUGAAGGCCUUCCGCUCCCAGUCUGUAUCUGUGGAUGAGUUUGAGCGGAGGAUUUCGUCUUUUGGAUUCUCGAUUCCAUCCAAUUUCUACUCCUGUGGGCUGUUCAAGGACAGUGGAUUCAGGCUCGACAGAGAAGCAAGACUGAUACUUAGGAGUGUUUACUGA